AUGGAUGCUAAUCAGUCCAUUAACCCGCCCGGAAUGAGGAACAAGAAUAACGGGGGAACCAAGUCGUUUAUCUACGAUCAUUUGAAAGCCAUGGAGAUUUGCGGCCAUCCUGAGAGUAUGAAGUUGCAUGGAUUCACCAGUGCUGCGGGGACUGAUAACGUCGAACUAGUUCCCUUGUUCACUUUUGCCAAGACCACGACGCAGAGCAACAUAUUAGUGACGCCCUUGGAACAAUACAGCGAUACGUAUAUCGGCGAUGAUCCAGAAUGGUCGAAGAAGAAGAUCACGAAGUUAUUAUGGAGGGGGUCGACGACGGGGGCGGAGUUCCGGAGCGAACGAGCUGGAUUUUGUACCAGCUCGCCGGGAGGGACCCCUCCCAACGAGCUGGGUUAUGUACCCGCUCGUCGGAAGGGUUUCCUUCCGACAAGCUGGUUUGAAAGCCAGCUCGUCGGAAGGGAUUCCUUCCGACAAGCUGGCAUCGGGGCCGUCCCAUAGGACCCAUGCCUGGGUCCUAUGGGACAGCCUGGCGUGCAGGCACGCACGCCAACCUGCAGGGUAUACCCCCUGCAGGCAAGUGGCGUGCCUGCCUGCACGCCAUUCUGCAAUGGUGUGCAGGCGCACACACCAAUCUGCAGCUGGCGUGCAGAUUGGCGUGCGCUUA